AUGCCUGUGGUCAAAGGAGGCGUCUGGACUAACAUCGAAGAUGAGAUUCUCAAAGCCUCCGUCUCCAAGUACGGUUUGAAUCAAUGGGCUCGCGUCUCCUCGCUACUUGCACGAAAGACACCUAAGCAAUGCAAAGCACGGUGGUCAGAAUGGCUAGACCCAGGUAUUCGAAAGAUAGAGUGGUCAAAGGAGGAGGAUGAAAAGCUGCUACAUCUUGCAAAGUUGAUGCCCACGCAAUGGAGAACAAUCGCGCCUAUUGUUGGGAGAACCGCCACACAAUGCCUCGAGAGGUAUCAGAAGCUGUUAGAUGAAGCAGAAGCAAAGGAGAAUGAUGAGCUCGGCCUUGGAGGUCCCGCGGGAGGAGAGACUCAGGCGCCGAGUGCAGAUGAUGUGAGAAGGUUGAGGCCUGGAGAAUUAGACCCCGAUCCUGAGUCAAAGCCGGCGAAGCCGGACACGAUCGAUUUGGACGAAGACGAGAAAGAGAUGCUCAGUGAGGCACGAGCUCGCCUUGCAAAUACACAGGGGAAGAAAGCCAAAAGGAAAGCCAGAGAGCGGCAGUUGGAAGAUUCAAGGAGGAUGGCGUUACUGCAGAAACGUAGGGAGUUGAAGAAUGCAGGCAUAAAUAUCAAGAUUACGAAUCGAAAACCAGGCCAAAUGGACUACAAUGCAGAUAUACCGUUUGAAAAGAGUGCAGCGCCAGGUUUCUACGAUACCCAGGAAGAAAUCGAGCAAAACGAGAAACAAACGGAAGCAUUUGAUCCCAGGAAACAGCAGCUAGCGAACAAGCGGAAAAUAGAUCAGCAACAGGAUGAUACAGGCUCAAAACGCCAGAAAGGCGAGAAAGAUAAGCCGCCGGCAAGCUUCGCAGCAGCAGCUAAGGCUGGUCAAAUGCAGAGAAUCAGGGAAGCUGAACAGAGUAAUAAGAGAAGGACAUUGAAUUUGCCUGCGCCUCAAGUCGGUGAAGCAGAACUUGAGGAUAUUGUGAAGAUGGGCAUGGCUGGAGAUCAAGCGAAUCGAACUGCCGGAGAAACCGACAACGAAGCUACGAAAGGCUUGGUAAGCAACUACAAUGGCAUUACUGCAAAUACACCCAUGCGAACCCCACGGGCACCCCCACAAGAAGACCACAUCGCGAAUGAGAUACGGAACAUCAGGGCUUUGACGGAGACACAAUCUUCACUACUUGGGGGAGAAAACACCCCUCUACAUGAAGGGUCAGCUUCUACUGGCUUUGACGGAGUGGCUCCGAGAAAACAUGUGGUACAAACCCCAAACCCAAUGACUACACCAAUGCGACAAGGAGGAACAAAUGGUGUGGCCGCCACUCCCGGAGGAGCUCCUAAGGGACCUGGAGCUACCCCUUUGCGAACACCUAGAGAUAACUUCACGUUGAAUCAGACCGGAUCAAUGCAGCUAGCCAGCGCUACUCCCAGAGAUUUUAAAAGAGCAGAGGACUUCAAAAGAUCACAACUAAAGUCUCAAUUCGCCGCUUUGCCAAAGCCGAAAGAGCUCGAUUUCGAGCUAGAGUUGCCUGAGGAGAAGGUGGAAUCUCAUGGCAAUUUGGAGUCAACGGAGGAGGAUGCGGCAGAAAGGGAUCAAAGGAACCAGGCUCUACAAGAAGCAGCGCAGAGAGCAGAGCUCAAAAGAAGAACUCAAGUGAUGCAGCGCAACCUACCUCGACCAUCUGUUGUCGAUGCAGAUGUUCUACUUAAGGCAGCUUCGGAUUUAUCUGAUCCUGUCGAAGCGAUGAUAGCAGAGGAAAAGGCCCGGCUCAUUGUGAAUGAUAGCCUCAAGUUUCCACUCCCUGGCUUUAAAGUGCAAGGCUCAUCUGUACCAUUGGCGACUAUUGACGAUGAUCUUCUUGCAUUUGCGCGCUUGGAGCUUGCCAAAGAAGUGUCAUUGAUGAAGGAGACCUAUCCGAGCUACAAUUUUGAAGCAUUGUAUGCCUCCCUUCAUCCGGACGACUCUGGUCUUCCAGGCCUCUUGAGCUACGAGGAAGAUGGAAUCGACAAGGACAAGGUCAUCAACCAGGCCUUCGAUAAAGUUCAGUCUCGCAUCUUGCGCGAUGCCGAGCGUGGAAAUGCUCUUGAGUCGAAACUGUCCUUGCAUCUAGGAGGAUAUCAGAAACGGGCCAAGACCCUGAGGCAGAAAGUCGCCGAAGCUGCGGAGGCUUUAGAGGAAGAGAACCGAAAGCUAGAGAGCUUCAGAAAUCUGCAGAUUGGUGAAGAAGCUGCGCUUAUGCGGAGGGUAGAGGCGCUGAGGGAAGAAGUCGCGGUCGUUCAGAAGCGGGAAAGGGAGGGCCAGGAAAGAUAUAGGCAAGCUAAGGAGGCAAUGGAUCUUGCGAAUGGCCCGAGGUUGGUAAAUGGUGUUCAUCAUGAGGAGUAG